AUGGAGAAGGUCCAAUACAUAACCCGCUCUGCUCUGAGGAGAGCCUCAACUAUUGAGGUCAACCCACAAGCACGCCAAAGGCUCCAAGAGCUCUUUGUGAAUUUCUGCCUGAUUUUAAUUUGCCUCUUGCUGAUCUGUAUCAUUGUGAUGCUCAUCUGAAGUUCCAGCACUUCUCUGCACUGUCCUCUAGGAAAGUCACCCCAAAGGGAAGAGAGACCUACACCCGCAACUCCCAAUGCAAGAAUCCUCUUGUGAGAGGGGCUAGCGCUUGGACUAGAGCCGUAUGCCAACCACCGCACUCUUCUCUUCCUACCUGCUACAUGUAUUUACAACACACUU